AUGCCGGCCUACGUCGUUGACGGCAUACGUUAUCGGAUUCCUCUGACCUCCAUCUUCAGACCCAGGACGCUGUGCAAAGACCUGCUGGCUACUGAUGCGCAAAGGCGAGCUAGGGUGGCUGCAAAGCACGACACGAACUUUUGGCACACCCAAACCGAGACGGAAGUUUUGUGGACAGAUAUUGCGGGGAACAGGUGGAAUCUUGACGAUGGCGUGGUCACUCGACAGCUCAAAACUCGUGGGAUUUCCAGGAAACAUAUACCCAGUGCAUUGAGCGACGGUUUCAUUGAAGAGCUGAAAGACCGGCUGAACGAGAUUCAGGGAGGCAGACUUCAGAGUGUCAGGAAAGCGGACCGCAAAACUUGGUGGCAUAUGAGCAAUCUGGAACCUGCGGGUGAAUUAAUAAGCCCAGAGUCAGACCGUCUGGUGUCCUUUUCCAAUCCCUUGGUCACAGAUGGCGAAUCUGUGCUGAAGUUUGAAGAGGUUGAAUUCGAGAAAGAGUACGAUGUCUCCCGUCGCAAGGACAUCGACCAGGACUUCACCCUAGAGGACGUGACGCUUCUUCGUGAAAUUGCUGCUGGAUGGAAAAAGGACCAGUGGCGGGCCAUCAGUACAAGAUUCAAUGGCAUGACCGGUCGUAUAAUCUCCCCUGAACAGGCAAAGUCAGUUCUCAAUAACUACCCAGGGUAA